AUGAAAUAUUUAAAAAAAAAGUGGGUUCAGGCUUGUGAAAGACCAAGCUUUAUGAAAGACUUAAAUAUAAGGACAGCACAAGUGUGUUCAAAACAUUUUGAACCAUCAAAUUAUAUUGAAAAAUCGCCAAUAAAAAAACUCCUUGGACGGUCUCCAAAACAUUACAGAGUUCUAAAAUGUGAUGCAGUUCCAUCAAUCGGCUUACCUUCUCAAUCCGGUGUUAAAAAAACCUUGUUUAAAGCAAUAAGUCCCAGGAAAAUAAUUCCAAAAAAUGGGCCGGAAAAUACAUUAAAAGUUACUCCGAAAUAUAGAUUGAAAAUUAUACCAUCUAAAAGUUCAAUAAUGAUUUCACCUAUUAAAGGUUGGAGAGUGGACACAAAUAAAACAUUUUCUAGCAGAAAGAAACUAUUUCAUAACAACACGGAACAGUCUUCAUAUAUUGAUGGAAUUUCGAACAUAGAUGAAUUAAACCAAUCUGUAGAGAUAAAAAGUUUGAAUGAUAAAUUACAUCAAUUGCAGCUGAAAUUAAAUAGUGAUGAGCAAGAAAAUGUACAUUUGAAAUCUAUAAUUGGAGAUUAUGAUGAUAAAUUUCCUGAAAAAGCUGCAAAGUUAUUAUCAAACAUUUUUAGCGAGACUCAGAUAAAAAUGAUCAUGAAUCCAAAAGGUAAAGUGAAACAAUGGUCACCUGAAGAUAUAGCAUCAUCAAUCACAUUGAGGAGUGUAUCGCCAAAAGCUUAUUGUUAUUUGCGUGAUAAGUUGAAUUAUCCUCUACCCGGUAUUCUAUAA